AUGCCGUCCCGUCGCAGUCAUACGAAGUCUAGGAAAGGGUGCUUGGAGUGCAAACGAAGACAUGUCAAGUGCGACGAGGGAAUUCCAAAGUGCAGCUUGUGCAGAAAGCGAAAAUUGGAAUGCAGCUAUCCACCCCCAAAUGAAGAUGCAGACAGCCCCCAAGGGUCUUCGAUCAACCAAGACGAGGUAGAAGGCAGCGCAACCGGAGAACUUCCCCAGGCCACCCGGAUGAUGGAAGCGCGAUUGUUCCACCAAUAUAUGACAUCUACCUAUCACACCUUGGCGCAAGAUGGACUAUCGGCCAACCAUCUCUCGGUCAACAUCCCCCGCCUAGCCACAUCAUUUGUUUACCUUCUCGACGGUAUACACGCCCUGUCAGCCCUCCACUUAGCCUCGAUCGAGACCGACAACCGAGUAUCCUGGUUGGAUGCGGCACUGCGAUACCAAAGCCAGGCCUGUUCCGGUCUCGGGAAGGUCCUGGCCGAUAUAACGACCCGGGAAUAUGAGCCGGCCUUCGUCACUUCGAUUUUCAUCAUGCUGUUUGCCAUGGGAUAUCGAGUGAUCUCGGUCGAUACAAAACCACCCGAUCCGCUCUCGUUGGUGCGUGAAAUCCGCACAUUGAUCUCGGGCCCGGCCAUGUUAUUCGACAAAAUAGUCAAAGGCGGAUUUACCGCCAAAUUGGAACACUGGAUGCAUGUUCCUGACACCAAAGAAAGUCUGCCGGACGUGACAAAUACUAAUACUGACACGUCCACGGACACCAAUAUCUUAUUUCGCCUUCACGCAAACAUAAUAACGUCGCUGGAUCGACUACACACCACUAUUAAUACGAAUAAAGGGCCACACCACUCCGCCUACCAAGUCACUUGGCAACAACUGUACCAAGCCAUCGAGCCAUGGCCCAAGAUCGGACCGCAGGGCGGCCCUCUGGCAUGGCCUCUCUUCCUCUCCGACGAGUUCUUCACACUCAUUCAAAACGGCGACUGGAUCGCCCGUGUCCUAUUUCUGCAUUAUGGCACCGCGAUGCGCCUUCUGUGUCAUCGAUGGUACGUCCGUGAUUGGGGUCGGCGGUUAGUCUUGGCAACGUUGGAGUCGUUGGAGGAUAUCCCACCCGAGUGGGUAGAUACGAUAUCGUGGAUCAGACGAGCGGCCGAAAGAGAAGACUAG